AUCAUUCAUGCAUGCUUCAUAUGUGGUAGCGAAGAGCUACUGCUUGUCGAUUCAUUGGCACAAGCCAGAAUAUACUCUCUGACAACGAUGCAGUUCAGACCUGCCACCCUUGAUCUGAUUCAGAUCCCUAAGGCAGUUUACUCGACUCCAGAUGGUUCUUGUUUAAUUGCUGCUCACGUCCGUGGCUCUGACUUGAUGUUGACAGCCUAUCAUUGGAGUACCUUCGGCUCAACAGAUGGUUAUCCACUCGAGAUUCCGGACCUUCCUUCGGAUCAGCCGCUGCUUUUGACUUCUUUAAUUAAGAGGAGCAUAGUCCAUCUGGUUACGCUUGACAUCGACUCGAAUUCUUGUCGAUCAUUCGCUCUCGACAUCACUCAUAAGGUAACGGAGUUUACCUUCAAAGAGAAAGGCGUCCGAGGAGGGGGAGCUCAGUCGGAGAACGUCACUGCCCAUAAUUGUUCCAUUGAUUGUCACACCGAAGUGUGGACACGUUUCCCGGUUCUCUCCGCCGCUCAGCGGGAGACGAUCGCAUCAUUCAGUAAUAGGCGCCCGCGAAUAUCCAGAUAGAAAUAGACAUGGGCGUCGCAAAAUUCUAGUUCGUGAAGGGGGCGUCCGGCGGAAUACUGGAGCAAAGAUCCUAAACACAUAGCGGCAUAAUCGGUUGAGGC